GCCACCGGGAGCCGUAGAUGAGUGCCGAAUAGAUAGGGAAAUACAAUCAAACCAACCGACAGAGAAGGAGAGAUGGGGGUGGUGAUAAUCGACGGAUCGACGGUGCGUGAUUUCGUGAACGACGAGGCGGUCUUCAACAAGAGCUUGGAUGAUAGCUUCGACUCUCUGGACAUCAACAACGAUGGGGUUCUCUCGCGCAGUGAGUUGCGCAAGGCGUUCGAGUCACUGAGGCUAAUCGAGGCCCAUUUUGGGAUGGACGUGGCAACCCCACCCGAGGAGCUCACCAAGAUCUAUAACUCCAUCUUUGAUGGCUUCGAUCUGGACGGCAGUGGGACGGUUGAUAAGGAGGAGUUCAAGGGAGAGAUGAAGAAGAUCUUGCUUGCAAUCGCUGAUGGACUUGGAUCUAGCCCUAUCCAGAUGGCUCUUGAGGAUGAUGAACAGAGUUUUCUCAAACAAGCCGCCGAUCUCGAGGCUUCCAAGCUCCAAAAACCUCCUCCUUCUGCUGCUUGAUGUGAUUUUGUUUUUAGUCAAUACUCACGACUCUGUUUUAUCAUGGACUUUGCUCCUCUUUAAUAAAAACACAGAUAUUU